AUGCUUGACGAACCAACAUCCGGUAUGGAUCCUGGAGCACGUCACGAGACCUGGACUCUUCUACAGGCAGAGAAAAGCCGACGGACGAUUCUGCUGACGACGCAUUUCAUGGAAGAAGCCGAUUUGCUCGGCGAUAGAAUUGCUAUCUUGGCUCAUGGCCAACUCCAAUGUUGUGGUUCAGGAAUGUUUUUGAAGUCCCAAUAUGGUGCCGGUUAUCAUUUGACAGUAGUCUACGAGAGCUCGCCGAAUAUUGAUGAGAUGGUAACUAAGACUCUGGAAGUUCUCUCACGUCACGUCAAUGACUUACGACUGCAGUCCUUCGUUGGCCAAGAAGCAACAUUCAUCAUUUCGGCCAAAUGCAGGCCACAGUUUCCAUCAAUGUUCGUGGACCUUGAAAGAAGUCAACAUGAGCUAGGGAAUUUCCUCGUUUGGCAUGUCGAUAACUACGAUGGAGGAGAAGGGAGCUAUGCUCAGGACGUGUUCAAUAGGGAACAUGAAGAGGAGAGCGUAGAUACUACGGAGCUGGUCGAAAAUGACCCUUAUCUUUCACAGUUGAAAGCUACACAGCGUCUCAAAGGUCUUUCUUAUUAUUGGCAGCAAGUAGAGGCGAUGUUUAUCAAACGAGUCAUCUAUUUCUACCGAAAGUGGAUAAUGUUCGUCAUGAAUUUGUUAUUUCCGAUUCUAUACAUGGCACUUAUGACGUGGACCUCGACGUUGGUGCCAUCCCCUACAGAGCAGCCGACUCUUAAGAUUGAUAUGUCGCCAUUCGGGGGUGCAAAUGGAGAUGGUUACGUCCUCAGUUCGAAUCGCACAGACGAUCGCAUUGAAGACAGUUUUGAUUUGUACAGCACCAUCAAAUCUCUUCAUAGACACAGUACAGAACGUGUCUGCCUAUGUAGUGAAUCUCAUAGAUCAGCGUUCUUCAACAAUUUCGCAUUCACUACUCCUCCUCUGGCGAUAAGCGUCGCUGAUUCGAUGCUCCUCUCAAAUGCAACCGGGAAAAGUAUCACGUUGGAGGUUAGUUCCUGCAUUACGCUUGUUUCAAAAAUGGAUUUGUUCGAUGAACGAUAA